CAGGGAGGGAAUAGCGAUAACCCGACACCUGUCCAAUUCACUCGAGCCUUUAGGAAGUUGUUCUUUAGCUCCUUUCUUAAUUCCUCUGCUGGCAAUUGUGAUGACGACUUGGACACUCUACUGGCUCAAUGCACUGGUAAGAAGCGCAAACUGGCCAAAGUUCCAAUCCUGGUUGCUCCACCACCUCAACCAAACACGUUGGAUAUUGGACCUAUGGAUUACAAAGAAAACAGCGUAAGUUCCAGUUUGACAAGAGAAAACGCCAUCGCCUAUGUCUCUGGGUAUCUGUUGAAGAAAUGUUUUACCAAGCAUCAGUGUGAAACAUGCAAACCUGUUCUUGUGCCACAUGAACUAGACGACAGUCGGAAACUUCUAUGCUAUAUUUUAAAGCAUAUGAGUCUGAAGAAGUUCCUUUUGGAGGGCUGA